GAAUUGAAAGAAAUCAUUGCUGUCUGUUAGACAUCAAAAACGGCAGUCGCCCAGUUUACGGCUCAGGCAAGAGCCGGCCACCGCCACAGCAGGCACCAUGAUGGAGGGGGGCAUGCAGCUGCUCAACCGUGAUGGGCACAGCAUCUCGCACAACUCCAAGCGCCACUACCACGAUUCCUUCGUGUCCAUGAACAGGAUGCGACAGCGCGGCCUGCUCUGUGACAUUGUGCUGCAUGUCUCCAACAAAGAGAUAAAGGCACACAAGGUGGUGCUGGCCUCCUGCAGCCCCUACUUCCAUGCCAUGUUUACCAAUGAGAUGUCGGAGAGUAGGCAGACCCAUGUCACCCUACACGACAUUGACCCUCAGGCGCUGGAGCAGCUUGUUCAGUACGCCUACACAGCCGAGAUCGUGGUGGGAGAAGGGAACGUGCAGACGUUGCUCCCAGCGGCUAGCUUGCUCCAGCUCAAUGGGGUGCGGGACGCCUGCUGUAAGUUCCUCCUGAGUCAGCUGGACCCCUCCAACUGCCUGGGCAUCCGGGGCUUCGCUGACACACACUCCUGCAGUGAUCUACUUAAGUCGGCCCACAAGUAUGUCCUACAGCACUUUGUGGAGGUGUCCAAGACUGAAGAGUUCAUGCUACUGCCUCUAAAACAGGUACUGGACCUGAUCUCGAGUGACAAUCUGAAUGUACCUUCUGAGGAGGAGGUGUACCGGGCUGUCCUGAGCUGGGUCAAACAUGACAUUGAUGGACGCAGGCAACACGUACCUUGGCUCAUGAAGUGUGUGCGCUUGCCACUGCUGAGGCGGGACUUCCUGAUGAGCAAUGUGGACACAGAGCUUCUGGUGCGUCACCACUCAGAGUGCAAGGACCUGCUGAUCGAGGCCCUCAAGUACCACCUGAUGCCCGAGCAGAGGGGUGUGCUCAGCAACUGCCGCACACGCCCACGACGCUGUGAGGGCGCCAGCCCUGUGCUCUUCGCCGUUGGCGGUGGCAGCCUAUUUGCCAUCCACGGAGACUGCGAGGCCUACGACACCAGGACGGACCGCUGGCACAUGGUGGCGUCCAUGUCCACUCGGCGGGCGCGGGUGGGUGUGGCAGCCAUUGGUAACAGGCUCUAUGCAGUAGGAGGGUACGAUGGCACCUCAGACCUGGCAACUGUAGAGUCCUACGACCCUGUCACAAACGCCUGGCAACCUGAGGUUUCCAUGGGGACACGGCGUAGCUGUCUUGGUGUUGCUGUGCUUCAUGGCUUACUGUACGCAGCUGGUGGUUAUGAUGGAGCCUCGUGUCUCAAUAGUGCAGAGCGUUAUGACCCUCUGACAAGUACGUGGACUUCCAUCGCUGCCAUGAGCACCCGCAGGAGAUAUGUACGAGUCGCCACUCUGGAUGGUAAUUUGUAUGCAGUGGGAGGUUAUGACAGCUCCUCGCACCUUGCAACUGUGGAAAAAUAUGACCCCCAGAGCAACACAUGGACGGCCAUUGCAAACAUGCUGAGUCGACGCAGCAGUGCCGGGGUGGCUGUGCUGGAGGGUAUGCUGUAUGUUGCUGGGGGAAAUGAUGGUACCAGUUGCCUGAACUCAGUGGAGAGGUUCAACCCAAAGACCAACACCUGGGAGGGAGUGGCCCCCAUGAACAUACGCAGGAGCACCCAUGACCUGGUCGCUAUGGACGGCUGGUUAUAUGCGGUGGGUGGCAAUGACGGUAGCUCCAGUUUAAACUCCAUUGAGAAGUACAACCCGCGGAGCAACAAGUGGGUGGCGGCCUCCUGCAUGUUCACACGGCGAAGUAGCGUGGGCGUGGCCGUGCUGGAGCUGCUCAACUUCCCGCCACCCUCCUCGCCCACCCUCUCGGUCUCCUCCACCAGCCUUUGACACGGGGUCA